UGCACCUUGAGCUGGUGCUCACAGACCUCCGGCUACCACUGCCCCCCAGUGCGGUGCCCCAGCUGGGCUGAGACCAGGAGGCGACGGCCAGCCAUGGCCCUGUUCCUGCUGCUGCUGUGGUUUGGGACUCCAGGAGCUGCGGCAUCAAGUGUGUGCGGGCGCCCAAGGAUGCUGAACAGGAUGGUGGGUGGCCAGGACGCCUUGGAGGGCGAGUGGCCCUGGCAGGUCAGCAUCCAGCGCAACGGAAGCCACUUCUGCGGGGGCAGCCUCAUCACAGAGCGUUGGGUCCUCACCGCCGCGCACUGCUUCUCCAACACCUCCCAGACAUCCCUGUACCAGGUCCUGCUUGGGGUGCGGCAGCUGGUGAGGCCAGGCCCACACGCUGUGUACGCCCGGGUGAAGCGGGUGGAGAGCAACCCCCUGUACCAGGGCAUGGCCUCCAGUGCCGACGUGGCCCUGGUGGAGCUGGAGGCACCGGUGACCUUCACCAACUAUAUCCUCCCUGUGUGUGUGCCUGACCCCUCGGUCGUCUUUGAGACGGGCACGAACUGCUGGGUCACCGGCUGGGGCAGCCCCAGUGAGGAAGACCGCCUGCCCAACCCGCGGAUCCUGCAGAAGCUCGCAGUGCCCAUCAUCGACACACCCAAGUGCAACCUGCUCUAUAGCAAAGACACCGAAUCAGGCUUCCAGGCAAAAGCCAUCAAGGACGACAUGCUGUGUGCUGGUUUUGCCGAGGGCAAGAAGGACGCCUGCAAGGGCGACUCGGGGGGACCCCUGGUGUGCCUGGUGGGUCAGUCAUGGCUGCAGGCCGGGGUGAUCAGCUGGGGCGAGGGCUGUGCCCGCCGGAACCGCCCAGGUGUCUACAUCCGGGUCACCUCCCACCAUACCUGGAUCCAUCGGAUCAUCCCGGAACUACAAUUCCAACAGGCCAGGCUGGGUGGCCAGAAGCGGGGGCCCUGGCAGUCCCUCGUUCAGAACUCUGUGCCCUGCCUGGCAGCCCAUGCGGGCCUCUGGGUCCUUGUGGCCCUGCUCACCCUCCUCUGAGCCCCGGGACCCAUGCUGUACGUUUGUAAAUAGCACUCCCAUUGUUUCCGGUCAAAAGCCCAUUUUUUAUUUAUG